AUGAAAGCAUUGAUGAGGAGGUGUUUUGUACCAAGUCAUUACCAUCGAGAUUUGUUUCAAAAAUUACAAAAUCUCACACAAGGUAAUAAGAGCGUAGAAGAGUAUCAUAAGGAGAUGGAGAUUACCAUGAUCCGUGCUAAUGUGGUGGAGGAUCAUGAGGCCACAAUGUCAAGAUUUUUGAGUGGUUUGAGCCGAGACAUAGCAAGGGUGGUGGAGCUAUAACACUAUGUUGAAUUGGAGGAAUUGGUGGACAAAACUAUCAAAGUUGAGCGGCAAUUGAAGUUGGACUGAAAUCACAAGAGUGGAGGAGGAUCAAAUCAGAAUUGGAGAUUCAAUUGGAAGAGAGAUGAGAAGCCAGAUUGGAGAGGAAACAACACCAAAACUGAAACCUCAAAGGAGAAGGGGAGGGACGGUAAAGUUGGAACAAAUCCAGCUUCAAGUAAAACUGAAAACCCUAACACUAGAACUCGUGAGAUUGAAUGUUUUAAGUGUUUGGGCAGCGGUCAUAUGGUGAAUCAAUGCCCUAAUAGGAGGGUGAUGAUCAUGACUGGACAUGGUGUUAUUGAGUCCGAAAGUGAAAGGGAAGAAGAGGAUGAUGAGAUGCCACCAUUGGAGGAUUGUAGUAAUGGAGAAAUAGCUAUAAAAGGAGACUUAUUGGUGGUUAGGCGUUCUCUUAGUAUGCAAGUAAAUGAGGAGGAGCAUCAUCAACAAAGAGAUAACUUGUUUCAUACAAGAUGUGUGGUGAAUGAUAAGAUCUGUAGUAUGAUAAUUGAUGGAGAUAGUUGUGUAAAUGCGGCAAGUUGUAUUAUGGUGAAUAAGUUGGGUUUGAAGAUGACAAAGCACCCUAGGCUUUAUAGACUUCAAUGGUUAAAUGAUAGUGGUGAGGUGAAAGUGUCGAAACAAGUUCGAAUCCCAUUUGAGAUAGGGAGAUAUAAGGACGAGGUAGAGUGUGAUGUUGUACCUAUGUAAGCGGGUCAUAUCUUGCUUGGAAGACCAUGGCAAUAUGAUCGAAAGGUACAUCAUGAUGGGUAUACUAAUUGUUAUUCAUUGGUGAUAAAUCAAAAGGCUUAUACCUUAGUAUCGAUGAAACCUAGUAAGGUGUAUCAAGAUCAGUUAAAAAAAGAAGAGAGGAAAGAAAAUAGACAAAAGAAUUUUUAUGCAAAACCGAGUGAGGUGAGGAGAGCUUUAGUUCUAGACCGACCGAUGCUUGUACUUUUGUACAAGGAGGUUUUGUUUUCUACUAACGAUCUUGACCCAAGUUUGCCUAGUCCUAUUGUGUCUUUAUUGCAGGAAUUUGAAGAUGUCUUUCCUGAUGAACUUCCUAGAGGGAUACCACUGAUUCGAGGCAUAGAACAUCAAAUUAACUUGAUUCUUGGUGCGCCAUUACCUAAUCGACCCGCAUAUCGAAGCAAUCCCGAUGAGACAAAGGAACUUCAAUGGCAAAAGGAUGGAACUUGGCGAAUGUGUGUCGAUUGCCGAGCAAUCAAUAACAUCACAGUAAAGUAUCGACAUCAUAUUCCUAGGUUAGAUGACAUGUUGUGUGAGUUGCAUGGUUCUUGUAUUUUCACUAAGAUCGAUUUGAAAAGUGGCUAUCAUCAAAUUAGGAUGAAAGAAGGUGAUGAAUGGAAAACUGCAUUUAAGACUAAGUAUGGAUUAUACGAGUGGUUAGUCAUGCCAUUUGGAUUAACUAAUGCACCGAGCACGUUUAUGCGACUUAUGAAUCAUGUUUUGCGUGCUUUUAUUGGUCGAUUUGUGGUUGUCUAUUUCGAUGACAUCUUGAUAAAUAGCCAAAGCCCUAAUGACCAUAUUGAGCAUGUGCGAGCUGUUUUGUAGGUUUUAUGGGCCGAGCAAUUAUACGCUAAUCUAAAGAGGUGCUAUUUUGUUACCAACAAAUUGGUAUUUCUAGGAUUUGUUGUUAGUGUUGAUGGUAUACAGGUUGAUGAAGAAAAGGUCAAAGUAAUUCGUGAAUGGCCAACACCUAAGACCGUAGGAGAGGUGCGUAGCUUUCAUGGAUUGGCGAGUUUUUAUCGGCGAUUUGUGAGAAAUUUGAGCACCAUUGCCGCACCUUUAACUGAGGUUAUCAAGAAGCACGUGGGUUUCACGUGGGGAGAAGAGCAAGAGAAAGCAUUUAAUCUGCUAAAAUAUAAGUUAACUAAUGCUCAUUUGUUAUCUUUGUCGAAUUUCGGUGCUACUUUUGAGAAAGAGUGCGAUGCUUCUGGUACAAGAAUUGGAGCCGUGUUGAUGCAAGGAGGGCAUCCCAUAGCUUAUUUUAGUGAGAAAUUGAGUGGAGCAACAUUGAAUUAUCCUACCUACAAUAAGGAGAUGUAUGCUUUAGUGCGAGCUUUGGAGACUUGGCAACAUUAUCUAUGGUCGAAGGAGUUUAUGAUCCACACCGAUCACGAGACCUUAAAGUACUUGAAAGGACAGCAAAAGUUGAAUAAAAGACAUGCCAAAUGGAUGGAGUUCAUCGAGACUUUUCCAUAUGUGAUCAAGUACAAGAAAGGUAAGGAGAAUGUGGUAGCCGACGCACUUUCUCGAAGGUACGCGAUUCUAACUAUUUUAGAAGCAAAGUGUCUAGGUUUUGAGCAUAUCAAGGGCAUAUAUGCUGAUGAUGAUGACUUUGGGAGAGUGUAUGAAGCAUGUGAACACGCUGCAUUUGACAAAUUCUAUAGGCAUGAAGGUUAUCUUUUCCGUGAAAACAAACUAUGUUUGCCUAAGUGUUCUUCGCGUGAAUUGUUGGUGCGAGAAGUGCAUAGUGGUGGUUUAAUGGGACAUUUUGGCAUUAAUAAGACUUAUGAAGUGAUGGAUGAACAUUUUUAUUGACCACAUAUGAAGAGAGAUGUCACACGUGUCUGUAAGAGAUGCAUUGCUUGUAAGCAAUCUAAGUCUACAACUAAACCGCAAGGCUUGUUUACACCAUUACCUAUUCCAACGCAUCCUUGGACUGCCAUUUCUAUGGAUUUUGUGUUAGGAUUGCCUAGGUCUAAGUAUGGUAGAGAUUCUACUUAUGUGGAUGUUGAUCACAUGCAUUCUGCUACUAAAUUUACACCAUUAGAGAUUGUCUAUGGUUUUAAUCCAUUAACUCCGUUAGAUUUAACGCCUUUACUUGUUGAUGAGCAUGUGGAUUUACAUGGAGCGAAGAAAGAUGAAUUUGUCAAGGCGUUGCAUGAGAAGACGCGCGCCAAUAUUGAGCGCAAGACUGAGCAAUAUGCAAGGCAAGCCAACAAAGGGCGCAAGGAAGUGGUGUUUGAACCCGGCGAUUGGGUUUGGGUUCAUAUGCACAAAGAGAGAUUUCCUGAGCAGCGACAUUCUAAGUUACUACCAUGAGAGGAUGGACCAUUCAUGGUUUUGGAAAGAGUUAACAAUAAUUCCUACAAGCUUGAUCUUCCACGUAAGUAUGAUGUUAAUGCUACAUUUAAUGUUUCUGACUUGACUCUUUUCGAUGCCAAUGAUGAUUUGAGGAUUUUGAAAGGGAUCUACUUCCCCCAUGGCUCAUUUUGGAAUGCUAGAAAAUGUUCCCAACCCUCUUGGGGUUGGCAAAGUAUGUUAAUGGGCAGGGAAGCUAUUUCAUCUUUAGUGAUGUGGUCAGUAGGAAACGGAGAUGAUAUUAGUAUAAGAGAAGACAUAUGGCUCAAGAGAGGCAUCAUUGGUGAACUUGCGAACUAUGGUGAACCUACUCAAGUUGCUGAACUAAUUCUUGAGGAGGAGGAUAAAUGGAAUGAACAAAUGCUACCUAUAAUGUUCGAUGAGCAGAUCAUUGACGAAAUACUAACGAUUCGUCUUAAAACUCAGGAUGCUCGAGAUAGGUUAGUGUGGACAGGGACUGAAUCAAGUCAUUUCACCAUUAAGAGUGCUUACAUAUAG